GAGCUGAUCCCACGUGUGACGCUUUCAUUCCCGGCUCAGUAAUAUUCUCAUAGCGGGGCUUUGCAUAUCUCCUGCCGUAUCUGUGUGUGUCUGUUACUGUCACUGUAGUCCCAGCCUAUAGUUUGGAAUAGAUAUGGAAGGAGACGGGAGUCAAGCCACAUCCGGAAGCCUAAAUGAUUCACAACAUGACCCGGGUAAAAUGUUUAUCGGUGGCCUCAGCUGGCAAACCUCACCAGACAGCCUUAGAGACUAUUUUAGUAAAUUCGGAGAAAUAAGAGAAUGUAUGGUGAUGAGAGACCCCACGACAAAACGUUCAAGAGGAUUUGGGUUUGUUACAUUUACAGAUGCUGCCAGUGUAGAUAAAGUCUUAGCUCAACAGCACCAUGAAUUAGACUCAAAGACGAUUGAUCCUAAGGUUGCCUUUCCCCGUCGCGCCCAGCCUAAGAUGGUCACAAGAACAAAGAAAAUAUUUGUCGGUGGAUUGUCGGCCAACACAGUAGUGGAAGAUGUGAAGCAGUAUUUUGAACAGUUUGGGAAGGUCGAUGAUGCCAUGCUUAUGUUUGAUAAGACUACUAACAGACAUAGAGGAUUUGGUUUCAUAACUUUUGAGAGUGAAGACAUCGUAGAGAAAGUCUGUGAAAUUCAUUUUCAUGAAAUCAAUAAUAAAAUGGUAGAAUGUAAGAAGGCCCAGCCCAAGGAGGUGAUGUUUCCGCCAGGUACACGAGGGCGUGCCCGGGGUCUGCCCUACACCAUGGAUGCCUUCAUGCUGGGGAUGGGCAUGCUGAGUUACCCUAACAUUGUGGCAACAUAUGGCCGCGGAUACACUGGAUUCGCACCUAGCUACAGCUACCAAUUCCCUGGCUUCCCAGCGACAGCGUAUGGACCAGUGGCAGCGGCAGCAGUAGCAGCAGCGCGUGGCUCAGGUAGGGGGGCCCGUGGAAGAGGCGGCUACUUGGCGUACCCACAGAGCGCAGGGCCAGGCCUCCCCGAUUAUGGGUUUUACUCUGCGCCCAGUGACCAGCGGGGGGGGCCCUGCUCCUUUGCUGACUAUGGCUCCCUGGGGCCCCAGGCUGCUCAGAUGCUGCACAGUGAGCAUGCCACCUCCGCCUGCAACUCCCCCCUCCAGCACCUACACAGCCCGGAUCAGUUUAAGAACCCAGGCACCAACCCCUCGAGGCCCGGAGGUUUCCCUGGUGCUAAUAGUCCAGGGCCUGUGGCCGACCUGUAUGGACCCAGCAGCCAGGAUUCAGCUGUGGGCAACUACAUCAGUGCUGCUAGCCCUCAGCCUGGCUCUGGCUUUGGCCCCAGCAUCACAGGCCCAUUGAUUGCGACAGCUUUUACAAAUGGAUACCAUUGAACAGAUGGCCGGUUGCCAUCUCAUCAGAGCAGAGUAUAUCUGGUGGUCCGGGAAAGACAGGACGGAGUUUCUAAUUGGCUUUGUGUGCAGGUGAUGCCAUCCAACUUCAAGCACUACAGCAUCACCCAGACAAAACGAGAGCGAGAGAGAAAGAGAGAGAGCGAGAGAGUGUGUGUGUGUGAUGGAGAGAGAGAGAGGUGGAACCAUACGAAGAAGAAAAGAAAAAGUUAAUCAUCUCAGAAAAAUAACAACUGCUGUACUAUAUCCCAAACCUCCUGUAACACCACGACCUGGUUUGGUAUAAUGUUUUGACAUUGAUUUUCAUUCACCUGUUUCCUUCCUUUGUUAGCUUUUUUUUUUUUUUUUUUUUCUUUUUGAUUAGUCGUAGAAAAUUCAUUGUAGUUUAACCAUAAUUUUGUGUCAUUCUAUUUUAUUUUACCUUACAGUAUAUUUGUGUAAAUGGAUUUUUGUUUUAACUAUGGGGGUUAUAGCCAAGAAUAUCAUGUCUUCAUCUUUGUAUCGAUUGUUGUAAAGGAAAAAAGAUUGGAUAUUCAAGCAAGUCUUUCCACAAAAAGAAAACUCAAAGUGGAGACUGGGAGAAAAAAAAAUUAAUUUUGAAUGAAAAAUUUAAAGAGGGUAUCUAAGUAAUAAAUCUUAGUAGCUGUUUUAUUUCUUGUGAUGUCUCAUUGUUAACCAUAAUUACCUAUUUUUGGGCAAUACAAAGAGGACUCCAAUAUUUUUAUGGUCCUUUUUUAUAAGUGUUGUUUUUGUUGUUUAGAAAAUAUAUAUAUAUGCUAUAACAAAUUUCAUAUAACUACAUUGUGAAUUCAAACUUGAGAAAAAGAAAUGUAGCUGUACAUAUUAUUCCAGUCACUGCAUAUAACCAACUCAAUGAGAGAAUAGCAUAUUUUUGUGAUGGUGUGUCAAAGAACAUGUUAUAGCGUGUGAAUAGAAGAAAAAGCUGUAAACAAUUAUUAUUAUUAUUAUUAUUAUUAUUAUUAUUAUUAUUAUACUUCUGCUGGAAGAUGGUAAACCAACCCCAGAGACAAAACAGAACAUACUUGCUCUGUAAAUACUCAAAGCUGAAUAAUUUUACAAGUGUCAUACCAGCAAAUUUACAAACGGUGAGUACGCAAACGUAGUUUUAAAGAAAUCAAAAGAUCCUGAUUGGUGUCUUUUUGACGACUUGUUAAGAUAUCAGUAUCAUUUCGAAGAAAGCGAAGAAGACGACGACGAAGAAGAAGAAAGAAAAAAAAAACAAACAAAAAAAAACAAAAAACAAGAUGAUUUUAAUCCAAAGCACACUGUACGUAGACGUGACGAUUAGAACUUGAACCAGGCAUUUUACAGUGCUCUGUACAUCCUGACACUUUUAUACUCUUGAGAGAAAAGUUCGACUUUGUUUGUUGUAUGUUAUUUGUUUGUUUCAUCCUGCUUGUUCCUGAAUUCAUUUUGGAACAUGAUAUCUGGGCUCUGUGCUAGAGCCUUUUAUGUAAUGCUUGUUCUCUGAAUCAGUUCUUUUUGAAUGAAUUAGGAAAAAAAAAAAAAAGUAAACAUUUUGAUACCAUACCUCAGCCUUGUGAGUUCUAUUGUGGAGUCAUUGGCAGGUUUAAUUUAUUCUAGUGGCAAAAUAAAUGAAAUUACUGAAAGGUAAAGCGAGUAAUCAUUGCACUGUGAGUAGUACAAGUACAGGCCAAUUCCUAUUUGCACAUGUAUAUGUCGGCUUUUUAAACCCGGUCCUGUGCUUCGGGGGUUAGUUUGAAGGAUUUUAUCACAACUAGACAUAGACUUCAGAGUUGUUUGAGGUGAGUAAACAGCUUGGUAAAUAGUAGCUGAUGUGUUGCAGUGUACUGAGGCAAUGCCUUUGGGUUUCACGCUAGACUUUAGACCCAUGUCUCACCUAAAGAUGUUUAUCGACGACGCUGACUAAUUCACGUCGCCGCUGCGUUGAGCUCUACACGCUUUCACUGUCUGACAAACAUUUGAUAACAGUUAUGCUCCAGUCCGGUCUUUAUAAAGGUGUCGAUGGAACGAGUGGUGUGUAUUCUUGAAAUACUUUACCUGCUGCAAAAUGUGUUUUGUUAGUUUUGUUUUGUUUGUUUGUUUUUUUGUUUUGUUUUGUUUUGUUUUGUUUUUGUUUUUGUUUUUGUUUUUGUUUUUCAUUUCCAAACCCCGGUUCUUGUCUUCUUACUUUGAUUUCCAAAACAACCAGGUAAAGAAAAACAUGCUGGAUACUUUUACAGUAAACGAUGAACGGAGGUGUGAUCGAGUAAUAAUUUUAAGAAGAAGAAAAAAAAAGAAAAACCUUGUAAUGUUUCAAAUGUAAAAGACAAUAAGAAAUACAAAACUAUAUGGAAAAAAAAGAAAGAGAUGCUUCUUUGCUGAUUUCAAUUUUAAUCCGAUAGUUUUAUUGAUACUUUGUGGUUAAUAUUAAUAAUUGUAAUAUACUAUUAAAAUGUACUGUGCAUCCAUUGCUUUUUUCUCUCUCUCCAUUCCCCAUCAUCAGAUAGCCUGCAGUCUUUUUGUUGGUCAUUCAUGUAUUUCAUUAGUGUGUAAAGAAAUCACAUUUAACUUGUAAACAGAGUGCUGUCUUUGAUGCCAGUGUAGUGGUUGAUGCUCUUUGUUGUUCUCCCUUGCUCUACCUCUCCUUUCUGUCAUAUUUAUCCCUCUCUCCCCUCUCUUGCUCUUUUCUAUAUCCUGUAAUUACACGUAGAUGUUAUAUAGGACUAAGUAAUAUAAUAACUUGUAGUGAUUAGUGGACUUAGGCUUAGCCGAGAUAGAACUUUCUCUAGUGAUCAUAUUAUUCUGCUAUUUCCAAACCAUUAUUUUGAUAGAGGUUCAUUGUAAUUUAUUAUUCCCUGUAUGUUUUCUUUUGUUGUUGUUGUUGUUGGUUUUUGUUUUGCCACUCUCACAUGGUUUCAGCUAACCAAAGCUAUCAUGGAUGAACAAUAGAGAAGCAGUUGCUGUAAGAUGGAAUUGUACACAAGGCAUUAUUUGGAUCCCCACCCUUGAAUGUUUUAAAAGGGGUGUGCCAUACUACCUUAAAUGCUAACGCUAGAUAUGCAAAACUUUUAUUUUUGAUUAUUUUUUAAGAGGGACACAAGCUAUAAUUAUGAAAAAAAAGAAAAAAAGAUUUUAUGUAAAAGAAAAAAAAUCAUAUUUUUUUAAACAAUUCUAACAUACCAAUGAUGAUCACAAUAGUGGUGAUAUCAAUCAUAGUGCUGUUUAAAUAACCUGUAAUAUCUUUUAAUAUUUGUACACUUUGGAAAUAUCCCAGAUGCCUCUGGCACAACUAUUUUUAGAUAAUACUGUUUUUGAUCUUACUCUUGACUUUUGUUUCGCUCAAAAUUUUUAUGGAUACUUUUUAAUCUUAGAUCCUGGGAACUAGUUGUUUUGUUUUAUUCAGUUGUCAAGGUUGUUCACACACACAUUUGACGGUAGACAGGCAUUACUGUAAACACUGAAGACCCCAUGAAACACAAAUCCGAGCCCUCUUUGUGAAACACGGCCCAGGAGAGGGGAGGGAAGCAGGCGUUGUGCACAAACGGAGGGGUGGGGCGUUGCGUGCAGGCUGAUUGUCAGACGGUUGAAUCAAGUUAUGCAAAAGAAAUCAAUGGGCUGACGUGGGAGCAGCACUCCAAGGCUGUGAUUCAGCGCUGAGAUAAAUCAGCUCGUGAGCAAAUCACAUCAAAGUACACCGAUCGGCGUUCACACCUGCGGUUUGGAGGAGCUUCAAGUGCUGCUGCCCUCGUCCGGAGUUCAGACUGCAGCUUUGCUUCCUUUCAGCCGUGCUCUCUCGCUGCUCUGCUGAACCAGCUCGUCUCUGGCAGAUAAGGCUUCUUCUUUAGAGCUGGAAAAGACAGCAGAUUUAAUUUACCAGCUCCUGCUGUUCAUAAACUAACAGCAGAUACCAGGAUGCUUGGUGUCAGUUUAAAAAAAAAAAAAAAAAAAAAAAGCAUCAUGUGUGAACUUUUUGGCCCAUAUCAGCUCCUCGGAGGAUUUAAUUUAGCUCCAUUUCACCUCAUGGGGUCUUUCAAUCAGAUGCUGCUAAACAUUAGUGUCUCCAUUCAUUUUUCUCAUCUAAUAUGAGAAAACAUAUAAAACGGCAGCUUUGAUCAUUAGGCGAAUAGUAAAAUCAUUGCAAUAUAGCCAGCAAGUAUAAAGGACAUCAUGGAGAACAGGUUUAUUUAAAGACAGGCAAAGAAAAAAAAAACGGUCCCAAAAUACAAUAUCAGUUCAAUCCUUUGAGCCAAUUCAGUUUUAUGGACAAAUAAUAAUUAAUAGUAAAUGUUUACUCACAAAAUAUGACGACCACAACAGCAAAGCGUGUACAAGAACAAAAAUAUUUGUCCGAAAAUUCAAUAAAGCAAUAGAACUCAAAAAAAAAAAAUAUUUAAAUAAAUAAUGAUGUAAUAUGUAAAAAAUAAUAUGUUUCAAGUAUUAGUGCACAUUUUUUGGAGAUAUUGCCUCAUUUGCAUAUUUUGCUGGCUAAAAUAAAAAAAAAUAAUAGUAAUAGAAAAAUUUUAAAAAUUAUGAUGGAAAAAAAUCAUUGUGUUUAUGGUGUUUCUGUGUAUUUUUAAGUGGUUAAGUUUCAUUCUGGUAGGAGAGAAGAAAACAUUCAUUUGUAGCAUUGUCCCUUAUUUUAUCUCUAAAUAUUUUUAUGAAAUGAUAUAAUUCAAACACGUGACAAACUGAUGUAAGGAGCUCAUUAGGGGCUGUAGUUGAUUCCACACAUCUAUUUAAUCUGAAAAAAAUAAUAGUAUAUGAGUAUAAAAUGCGUUGCUUUGUGUUUUCACUGCUAUAUUGGCUUGAGGCUCUUGGACUAUAACUUUUUUGAUUGAAAAAAAAAACCUCUUAAUGUGGCUCAUUCCCCUUAUUAUUAUAAUGAAUAAAUUGAUUCCUCUUUUCUUUCUUUUUUUUAAUCCUGUAGCUUGGACUUUAAGGUAGCAUGGCUCUGUUGCUGUAAUUUUAUUUUGUACUGACAGCAGUUUACAGCUGAUGAAUGUUACACAUCUUACUAGACUAGCUUAUCCAUUUGGGGAGGGGGGGAGGGGUCUUGGUUUAAGAAAAAUAAUCAAAAGAGAAAAAAAAAAGAAAAAAAUCAACCUGGAAGGUGUUGACAUUUGUAGUGUACUACCGUAUCCAUUUAAACUUGAAUCUUGAGGCAAGUGCUAGGCAAUGGCCAAACAACUUAAUCCCAUCCAUAAAGGGAAAAUCCCACCCUAAAACACCUCGUUCACCUCUCGUUAGUUCAGCUCUCCCGGAUGUAAUUCUGUUUUGGUGUCUCUCAAAGCUGGAAAUUUGAAGGCUCGCCGAAUGUGUUUUUGAGCAUUUAUAUCCAAAAAAAAAAAAAAAAAAAAAAAAGAGGCUUAUUUCAUAGUGGUGCUAUUGGUUGUACAAACCAGAAAACGUGCCCUUAAUCUCAGAGAGAUUCUGGAUAGCGUCACAGUGACCGUAAAGUUAGUGUCCCAUAGCACAAAGCGACUCAUGGCAACAUCACCAUCUUUAGUGUUAAGCUCUCUUGUGUCACCAGGCUAGACUCAGCUGGGAGGAGUAUCCUGCGUUUUGUUGUGGCAUCCUGUCCUGUUUUAGGGUGAAUUUUCCCUUAAUCCUAAACCAUUGCCAUCCCACCCAUGCCCAUUAGCAAAUAUAUACAUAUUCUUGAAAUAUAUGUAUAUAUUCCGGUAUAUUGCAGUCCUCAUUUGAACAUGCCUGAUCAAGAUUAGAGUGGUGACCUCUGCUGUGUAUCCCUCACAUCGCUAAACCCAGGUUCACAGAAUUGAAUAGCCGUUAUUAGCCUCUAUUCAGUUGCUCCCCGGUGUGUUUUGGCUUGGUCCUGAAAAGAGUUUGGAGCGGAGCGCGUGGCCGUUAGUGCUAAAUGACCUCUAGAGGGGAGCCUGGAAGCUCUUCAGGCUGCACGGACCGCAGUGUGAGGCUCGACUGUGCUUCCAUGUAACCGCAGGUCUCCUCCUGCCAGGCUCAGCACGCGGCGCUCCUCACCGCUGUCUAGCCCAUUCCUAACACUUGCCCCUUUUUUUUAUGUUAACCAACUUUUUAUGGCGAGAGACAGACAAGACUUGACUGACAUCUGAAAGCAUCUUUCAGGUUCUCAUAUGGCUUGCUUAAGCCCUGUUGUAAAAUAUAACUAAGAAAAAAAAUUCAAUAAAUAAAUCUUAAAAAAAAAAUAUGGAUGGGGGUCUCUCACAUAUCAAAAAUGUGGAAAGUCUAAUUUUAUAUUUGUAUUUUCAAAUAAUAAUAAUAAUAUUGACAAAAAA